GGUGCCGCGGUUGUUUACAACAUGGCCGACAAGAAGAAAGAUUGAAGCUCAGACCUCAGACAAACAAUGGAGUUUAACUCAUGGAUAACAUUACCAAGCUGUAGCCACAUGAUGUCUCGCGCUCUCCACUACUCUGCCCAUCAAUUGCACUGCAAUAUUGACGCCGCCUCGCUCUGCUUUUGUGGAAAUAAGAGUGUGAAGUGGGGCCAAGGUCCACAUUAUCUCUCACACAAUAUUGACCAAGAGAUAGCUUAAUUAUCAAGAAAUAUACGUCGUUUCAAAGACUCCAAGAUGAGUGUGUGGAUGGGAUCGCAGGCCGGCAGCUGGCCUAGAGUCAACACUGUGAACCCACACUGCAAGACUCCAGCCAUGCAGCAAGUCAAGCUUCACCUUGAUGUCCAUCCCCCAGUACUAGACACUUCAGGGCCUAAAGCACCAACGUCAUACCAGAAGCCACGUGGAGGCAUGGAUAAAAACUUCAUAGGGAUGACUUCACACUUUUGGAACUCUCUCUGCAGUAUGUAUAAUUCUGUGUGCUCUCCGAGGAGCCCUGUCACUUGGGUCACCCCUGAGAUGGUUCAGCCUGCCGCUCUUCCUUACGGAGUCCAUCCUCAGCUCCCGUAUCAUUGCCGAAUGGAGGUGAACAACAUGUACGACAACAGAAGCCGAUUGUGGUUCCCUGCGACGGCCGCAGGAUCGCAGGUAGAGUUUGUGGAUCCACUUCUAAUGUGGCAAAAUACUUCCUUUCCCUGUGAGUGGCCACCAUCUUCUGCACAACUGCAACAAAAGGUGUGCCGGCCACUUAACCCUGAAGCCAAGGAGUGGAUUCCUAAGGAGUACGCUAAGGAUUCUCUCUCAUCAUCCACUCUUCCUUGCAAGACUAUGGAUCAGGACUGUUUGAAGGCUGAAGAGCCUACUUCAUUUGACCUGCAGGAUCGUGAGGGUGUAGACGGGUUACCAGAUUUCUGCGAGAUUACAGACUGUGAAAUUCAAGCUAUAAGAUUGGGCGAAAGUGAUAAUUCGAAUGUUACUCAAAAGGAAAACCCGUCAGUUGAGGAUGAUGUUUAUGAAAUUGUGGAAGCAAAUGAAGGAUUUAGUGAAGACAACUCUAUGAAAGCAGCUAAAGACAACUCUACAAAAACAGCACCAGUUGACCUUGGUUUUGCUGUUAUGGUGGAUUCCCACCCUUCAGAGGGUCACACCACAACAGCAGCACCGGUUGACCUUGGUUUUGCUGUUAUGAUAGAUUCCCACCCCAUACAGGGUCACACUUCAUUUGAUCAGGGGGUUAUUGAGAUUCAAGCAUGUGAUAAUAUAGUUAAGGAUAGUAGGCCUGUAAGUUAUGCAAGUGUUGUUGGAAAAUUGCCUGUCUCAAGUGCUGUUGACAAGUCCCAGCAGAACUGUGUCAGGAGUGGUCCAGCAGAUCAGUCAAUUCCACAUAUUUUUAUAAGGGACAAAAAGUAUCCUAAGGAAAAGGCUUCACCUGUUGAUGACAAAAGCAAAGCUCCUCUCUUGUUUAAGAGUGUGACUAAAGAUCAGAAGAAAUGCAGUCGAAAUUUCCUCCGGGAACUAAAGGAAUCGAGCCCAGUCAAAGGCAAAAUGUGCGGGUCCACGGGUAAUGAACGUGAUUCUGGCUUCAAGUGUUCCAUCCUCGAAGUUUCCUCACGUCCCAGACUUUGUCCUAAAAGUCCAACUUGUUCAGUAGAACCACCGCAGAUUGUUUCUCCGAAGGAUAAGUCUCUUCCAACUCUUAGGGUGGCACCACAUUCUUUAAGUGAGAGGAGCAGCUGCAACACCUCCCAUGAUCAUAGUGAGAGUAACUUUAGCAUUAUGGGUGUGGAAAGUGUAGACGUUGACAUUGGAAAGGAUGUAGUUGAUAGACACUGUGAUAUUUAUGUCCUUCCAGAGAAAAGUGAACCUCAGUGUGUCAAGAAACCCAAAUAUUCCAGUAACAUUCUGGCUCACAUUCUGGGGUGUGACGAGUCCGAGAGCGAGGACUCCGAUGAGGACUCGGAGGACUCUGAUAGUGACUGGGAUAGUGUUUGUGUGGAGAGUACAGAUAACUUUGACCUUGAUGACACCUGGGAAACUUUUGGACUGUGUCUCACUCUUCCACAAGUUGGAAAAUCCUCGGUGCCAGCAUCAGUCCCAGAGCAAGGUGUUGCUGUCUGUUCUCCUGUAAAGUCAAUCUGUGAUACUGUUAGUGAAGAGGAUCCCACAUUUACAGGAGUUACCUUAGAAGAAAUCAACAAAAGAUGGGAGGAGGAGAUACAAAAAGAUGUUUUGGGGAGUAGAGAGAAGAAGGUCAAAUUUGGGGAAGUGAAAAUUCACCCUAUAGUUGCUUGGGACUUUGCCUACAAAAUGGCAAGAAGAGGCCCCUGGGAAAUGUAUGCGAGAGACAGAAUGCGCUUCCAGCAUCGCAUUGCCGCCCUCGAGCCAAUCAUAUCACCUGUACUGCAAGCAAGCCACAGGGAGGCACACUACCAGCAGCAGCAGAGGCAGGCUUGCUGUCUUAGCUAACAGUACCUUAUUCCUAGUCUUAACAUAUUUAAGGAAUUGAGGAUGGAGCAGUAGCAUGGGUAAAUGUUGUUCAUUCCACUUAUUGAAUGGAAGUGUUGUGUGUGAAAGUGAAGGUAACUUUAUCAUGUAUUGUGUAUUUUAACACAUUGAGAUGAGGCACUUGGUUGCUUCAUGUUAAAAUGCGUAUUGGUAAUUAUUUUUGUGGCUACAUAAUCGAUGGUAGAUUUGCACUUUGCCUCUUCACUGCAUUGUAUCUACUGUACUUUUCAGCUGUCACUAUCUUCUAUUUUAUCUAGCUUUUAGCUGCCCCUGUCUUGUGAAUGAUAAAAAUAAACAAGAAAACAGAAGAGCCUUGAUUUGCUGUGAUACAUGUUGUCUUUCACAUGUACUGAACUUUCUCGAGUGAAUCUAAUCGGUCAGACAUGCUUAUAUACAUAUACAGUGGACCCCCGGUUAACGAUAUUUUUUCACUCCAUAAGUAUGUUCAGGUGCCAGUACUGACCAAAUUUAUUCCCAUAAGGAAUAUUGUGAAGUAGAUUAUUCCUUUCAGACCCCAAACAUACACGUACAAACGCACUUACAUAAAUACACUUACAUAAUUGGUCGCAUUCGGAGGUAAUCGUUAUGCGGGGGUCCACUGUAUCUUGUACAGAUUGAGACAAAAUAUACAUAGAAAGUGAAAGAGAGCUAAAGAUUUGUAUUAAAGAUGGCAAGUAUGCUAGCUGCAUCAGACAUGAUCAGAAUGUUUGUGAUACACAGAAAUAGUCUUGCAUCUUAUGACUAGAGGAGAAUCUAAACGCGACAGUUUAAGACACGCACCACCACCUUUUAUCAUUAGAAGCAAAUCAUACUUCUUGUAUCAACAUUCCUGGGCUGCAGUGCAUUGCAGUAGGCCUACCAGCCCUUGCUCACCCGAAUGUUCCAGCCAGUUCUCAACCAUCUUACGCACUACUCUUCUCUUAACUGUACACAUGAUCACACCUUUGUUUCCUAGAUUCACUUGAUAAAGUUGGCUACAUGUGAAUGAAGGUCACAUAGGUCUAUAAUACAGGUUCUCUCUCUAGUCUCAUCAUCACAAUUUCAUGCCUUAUUUCUUGAUAAUAUUGUAUUGAGCUUUCAGCUGCCCCUGCCUUCAUAUCGUUCAAUAUAUAUUGCUUUAGCAACAUUGCAAAAGCUUAUUUAUAUUUAUUACAUUCACUUGUUUAUUGUUUAAAGGUGUAGAAUACUUUAAAGCCACAAUCUUUUUACAUCACCUCAAUCUGCUAAAUGUAAGCAAUCUUUGCUAUAAAUGCCACAAUAACUUAAGCAAGGAAUAGUUUGAGGCAGAGGGACAGCAAGUGCCAAGGAAAUUAGUUACAAGUAAUAAUGUAAGCUAUCAACUAUACCUAAUAUAGAGUGUAUGUUUGGAAGAUGCAUCUUUGAUGUUGUGUGUGGAAUAUAGACUGUGAUAACAAAAAAGGCACAAUACCGUGACUGGAACGAUACACAAAUAACCCGCACAUAAAAGAGAGAAGCUUACGACGACGUUUCAGUCCGACUUGGACCAUUUACAAAGUCACACUAACCAGAAGUGGAGCAGGACGGCUAUAUAUAGGCAGGAAGAGGUAUUAUAUACCUCUUGUACUAUUAUAUACCAUUCUUGUACUACUAUUACUACUACCACCACUACCUCUUCCUGCCUAUAUAUAGCCGUCCUGCUCCACUUCUGGUUAGUGUGACUUUGUAAAUGGUCCAAGUCGGACCGAACGUCGUCGUGAGCUUUUCUCUUUUAUGUGCGGGUUAUUUGUGUAUAGACUAUGAUACCAAGACAAAGAUAGUUUUAUUGUGAUAAACAGUAAGCUCUUUUAUAAAUCUCGGUAUAGCGAGAUGUUUUUUAUAAAUGUGAUUGGAAGAGUGCAUCCAAAAUUGAAUAACCAACAGAAAGGCCUUCGUAGUACAUGCCAUUCAAUCUUCAAUGCCAUUUCGAAUUCCUUCACAAAAAAAAAAAGUCUAUUACAACGAAGCUUCAUAAGAAAUUUGACUAGUUCAAAGCAAGUGUGGUGGUUAUUACUAGAAGUGUUAAACCAGAGUGGGCUGAUCAACAGGCGACUGCAUCGUAUGCAAUAUAGUAUGUACAAAUUCAAGUGGAGAAACAAAAAAUUUAUUUCAGGAAUACAUGGCACUGUCCAUUUUGCCGUACUCGCCGAGACUAGGUGUAACAUGUUGCAUUCCCUGCGGUAGAUUGUCUUGGCUUAUAUUGCAAAUUGGCAGAGUGGACGAUGUACGGUUUUGUAUUUGUGAGAUCCAUGAAUGCUUUUGAAAUUAGUCCCUUACUGACAGAAUAACGGUGGUAAAAUUAUAAUAGAUUAUGAUAAUAUGAUAGCUUUUAAAAUAUAACACUCUAAUAGGUUAUUGUGAAAUAAUGUGAUAAUAACCAGUUAUCUUAAGAUAAUAGGUUAUAAGUUCCCAUUACAGUACAGGUUAUCUGAAGGCAGAAUAAUAGGCUGACAUAAAUUAACGUAAUAUCGGAGGCCCCUUGUAACAUUAGAAUGGCAGGUUAUCUUAAAUAUGUUAUCCCAAGAUAACAGUACAGUGGACCCCCGGUUAACGAUAUUUUUUCACUCCAGAAGUAUGUUCAGGUGCCAGUACUGACCGAAUUUGUUCCCAUAAGAAAUAUUGUGAAGUAGAUUAGUCCAUUUCAGACCCCCAAACAUACACGUACAAACGCACUUACUUAAAUACACUUACAUAAUUGGUCGCAUUCGGAGGUAAUCGUUAUGCGGGGGUCCACUGUAUAUAGUUAUCCUUAAUGUGAGUUCGAUUCAGCACUUCCAUGAAUCAGUUUUACCGGUGUAUAAACAAAAGUCAUUGCACACUUCAAACAAAUUGAUACUUUGUGUAAACAUUGGAAAAAUUAUUAAUUUAUGAAAAAUGACACAAACAAGUAAUGAGACUUAUUGUGUGAUUCCAGAAUGUUUAUCAACAUGGAUGUCUUCAGAAUUUCAGUGUAUUAGGGGUCUAGCAAGAAAUGGUCUUAAGUGGAAAGGGGGCCAGGGGGCUGCAGCCCCCUUUGCUUUUCCCAAUUGGCAGUCAGUUUAUUAUGACUGCAUUUUGGUCUCCAGGAGCUUGAUAGAGCUCCAAGAAAAUUAAACGCAACUGUAAUAUAGGUCUUAUUAGUUGCUUUUUCUUGUUUUACCAAAAUUUGAGUGUUGUCUUUUAAUUUGAGGGGGUGUCUCCCAGGUAUCAGUGUGAGAGAUGUUUUGAUGAGUUGGAAUAAUAUUGUGUGGGUGUUGUUUUCUAGAGGCAAAUUUUGGACAUUUUUAAAUGUGUUGCACUUGGUUUAAUUAUAUACAGUAAGCUCUCUUAUACAACCCUUCUAUUGAGAUUUUUUUUGUGAAGGCGAUUGCAAAAGUAUAUCGAAAAUUAAAUAGUCUUGAUAGUUCACACUAUUCAGUAUAGGAUGAUCUUUUUCAAUCAUUCACAAAAAAAUCUAUACAGCCUCUCCUCACUUAACGAUGGAGUUCUGUUCCUAAGACCGCGUCAUUAAACGAAUUCGUCGCUAAGCGAGGAGCAUACUAUAAUGGUAGUGGGUUUGUGUCAACCAUCUUUGUUAUUGUUUUAAUGUCACCUUUGUACCAUUUAUAACAUUUCUGGUGUAUUUUUAAAUGUUUAUACAGUAGUGUACUGUAUAAUGUAAUAAAGAAAAUAGAGGAAAUCAGCUCUGUUAUACAUUAUUUAGGUAUGAAUACUGGUCAGAGAGACCGUCGUAAGUCCGAGGCAUCGAUAAACGAGUACGUCGCUAAGUGAGGAGAGGCUGUAUAUACGAGCUUUGUAAGAGAGUUUAAUAUAUGAAGCAGGUUAGUGUUACUGAAACACCCAAAGGCAGAAUCCAUUAAUGUCCUCACUUGAACUUACCAUUAAAUUUUGCAAUAAAUUAUAUUAGAUUUACCAUAUAUCUGCAAGAUUAUGUAAUUUUUUUUUUUUUUUUUUUUUUACUUGGAGUGUAGAGUAUUCAUUUGCCUAACCUGUGUGACCAUGAUUUUUAUUUUGUGCCUUUUGUUAUUUGUUGUAAUAUGGGAUAAUUUUGUUAAUGUAGACCUAACUUCAGAUAUAUAAAGUUCAGGAGGAAGAUCAGGGUUUUGCCGAAUAAGCGGCUGGGUAGACAAGAGGGGAAGUGUUUAUAUGUGGAGGACAACUUUAAAUGUUUAUAGUAUGUGGUUAAAGGCAUGUGUGAACACUUGGAACAUUAUGUUGACAGUAUCUUGCUAAAAUUGUAUGAAUAUUUAAAGCAUAACUUUAGGGAAAUGUUUAGGUCCUGGGCCUUUGAUCUCGUUCCCAGGACCAAGUCGUUUCUGUAGUGUCCCAAGUGUUUGCUUAUGCGUUGAACCACAACCUGCUGCUAUUGUAUACCUGGUUUCCACUAUAUCUACAGUAUAUGUGGACGAAGGAUUGGAAUAGUGUUCACAGGAGAAUCCAUGAACGAAGAGCUCUUCCUCGAUUAAAAUUUCAGUGGUGUAUGCCCCAUGUUGGGUUAGCACUACCCCAUUCAUCAAAUCAACAGGUAUGAAUAUCAUAUAAUAUUGUGCUAGUUCAGCAAUCUAAAAACUUCAAUGGAAAUCAGUUAAAACAAAUAUAAAAACCCUCAUUGUACCAGACUAAUUGAAUGAGUGGAUAGCUGGUAAUGGCAGUCUGUGGAUAGAGGGAGAAUUGUUUCACUGUGAUAGUAAUAACAAAAUGAACAGUUCUGUAACCAACAGACUUUGUGAAUCAGUUGACCCUUGGAUAUGUACCUUUGAUAACUUUCAAGAGUCUCGCUACUCUGAGAGCCCGGCCAUGGGCCAGGCUCUGCAUUUGCAAAGUCCAUUAUAGCGAUACACUUCCUUGGCUUUUGAUUUAAGAUUUCCAGAGAAGAUCCAGUGACUAGCAUCAUGUAUGAGUCUUGACAUAUACCUGAAUAUUAUUUUAAGUUAUUGGAUGUGUUUGUGGUGCUAAAGUCCCUUUAUAUAUUCUUUCCCAAGUGAUUGAUGCUCCAUCCUCAAGAUUAUGUUCAUAUGCUGUGUUUAUGCUCUCAGGAAACUUCAAACAUGUAAAGAGAGUAAGAAAUUUUAUAUUCUGAAAUGAUUUGUUAAUAAACUGUAGAUAUU